AUGAUGAAAGACUGCAUAGAAUAUUCCAAAGAAUGUGAAGCUUGCCGGAAACAUGGACCAAUCCAACAAGCUCCCUUAACUCCCAUGAAUCCAAUCGUUAAGCCAUGGCCAUUCAGGGGAUGGGCAAUGGACCUCAUUGGUAAGACCUAUCCAGCUAGCAGCAAACACCACUAUUUCAUCAUUGUGGCUACAAAUCACUUCACUAAGUGGGUGAAGGCUAAACCAAUCAAAUCCACUACAUCUCAAGAGAUCAUCACUUUCAUUGAGGAGCAAAUUGUACACAGGUUUGGCAUACCUGAAUCAAUCACAACUGACAGGGGGACUUCCUUCAUAUCCAAGGAGAUGCAAGAUAUGGAAAGUAGGCUCAAGAUCAAGUUACUCCAGUCUACUCCUUACUAUGCUCAGGCAAAUGGACAUGCAGAAUCAAGCAAUAAGGUGAUCAUUAAUAUCAUCAGGAAAAUGCUUGAGGAAAAUCCAAGGCAAUGA